ACCUAUGGUCGGUCAUUCGGUCGGAAACCCUCGUCGAGAGCGGUACGCCAUUUCCGAUUUGGCGGAUAGUGUCCGGGUCAUACACAGUAGUAGUCCCAGAAUUCCAUGACGCCAUAGCUCCCGUAGAGCAAAGAAGGCGCCACACUUGCUUAACCCAGUCCGGGCCACGAUGAGCAGUCACGACGGACUAUACGGCGACAAGUCACACGUCUUUCAGAUACGCAUCGACAGUGUCGAGGAUGAAAGCACCGCCCCCAUAACAGAGGCCAGUUCUCGCGAGGAUCUCAUUGGCAGCGACGCCCGGGAGGGCGACAAGUCCAGUGGACAGUCGGUCUUUCAGUUUCCCAGAUUCCUUUCGGUGCCAACGUUGCGAAACUCACGACAAUCUCCAGAGCCCUCCGCCCGCCGGGAGGUGAUGUCCAGCCCGGCCAAAAGUGAGCGAAUGAUUCGACGGAAUCAGACCAAGCUACGACCAAGAAGACUAAGCCAGGAUAGCGGGAUUGUGGCUGGAAGAUUAAUUAGUUACGGGGAAAGUGCCCUUAUCGACAACGAUCUGCAUUCACGGAUGGUGGAAACAACGGAUAAUAUUUACGGCUGUCAGGAAACGGAUGAGAAUGCGCCGGUGCCGAUUCCAAAACCCUCUACUCCCAUUCUGCCCAAAUCCAAGCUGAGUGCCAAUCGGGCCCGUGCCGGCUCCGCUGCAUAUACGGAAAAGUGGCUCAACUCCUCGGUGAUGCGUACGGGCAAUGGUAACUCCCUGUAUCCCAAACCCAACUCCAUUGCCACGCCUCUGCCCACGCACUUGGAAUCGGAAUCGGCGGAGCCUAGCCCAACUCAGGCUUUCGGACCCAAGAUCGUGGGCAGCCACGAUGAGGAUAUUCCGGGCACAGCCAUGAGGCGCACCCUAGGCUUGAACCUGAGCGCCACCCUGGCUAGUUCUGGCGACAAAGUCAAUCAGUCCUAUGAGGUUAUGGAGUCCUCUCACUCCAAUGUUUUACCGGACCAGUUCGGUUACAGGCAGCUCCUGCCGACGGAACGAAAGGCAUCGGAUACGGCGAGCAGCGUGAGUGGCAGCUACUAUGGCAGCCGGAAAGCUAGCAAGAGCAACAGCCUCGGUGGGGAAUCCGGAGAUGAGAGACGCGUCAGCAAGCAAGAUAGGGAGGGCCUGGACCCGGAGUCGCUAAUGUUCCGCGACGGCCGGCGAAAGGUGGACAUGGUUUUGGCCUGGGAGGAGGAGGACCUGGGCGUUAUGACGGAAGCGGAAGCCAAGCGUCGUGAAAACCGACGCGGCUUUAUGGAGAACCUGAUUAAAGAGGGUCUGGAAGUUGAGCUGGAGGACAAGUCACAGUCUUUCAACGAGAAGACCUUUUUCUUGAAGAUUCACUUGCCUUGGAGGCUGGAAACUCGAUUGGCUGAGGUCAUGAAUCUGAAGCUGCCGAUCAAACGCUUCAUCACUAUAUCCGUAAAGCCUUCUUGGGACGAGGAAAAUGUGGUGAUGAGGAACGUGCAGUAUUGGAAGGAUGUGUGGCAGCGUUUGACCAAAAGGAUACAGUUGGACGAGCAACUUCUAGAAGGAGAAACCACAUUCAAAGCAGCAACAGCCAAUGGAAAUCCGGAAGAGCAAUUUAUAGUUAAGGAUCGCGCCACGGCUUUUACGAGUGCCCAGAGAUCGCUGAUGGUGAUGCAGGUACUCAUCCGAACGCCGUACGACGAGAGCGACCGCAACGGCAUUCGUCGGCUUUUGAAUGAUGGAACCUACUUGGGCUGCUUUCCGUUGCACGAGGGACGGUACGACAGGCCUCAUUCCAGUGGCAUCUCUCUGGACCGCCGGGUGCUCUACCAGACAUGGGCUCAUCCAUCCCAGUGGUAUAAAAAACAGCCACUGUGCCUGGUUCGAAAAUAUUUCGGCGACAAGAUUGCACUGUACUUCUGCUGGCUGGGAUUCUACACGGAGAUGCUUGUCUACCCGUCCGUGGUGGGUUUCCUGUGCUUUAUCUAUGGCCUUGCCACAUUGGAGUCGGAGGACAAUACGCCCAGCAAGGAGAUCUGUAAUGAGUACGGAACUGGAAACAUUACUCUGUGUCCGCUGUGCGACAAAGCAUGCAGCUACCAAAGACUUUCCGAAUCCUGUCUCUUUUCAAGACUUACCUAUCUGUUUGACAAUCCCUCGACAGUGUUCUUUGCCAUUUUCAUGUCCUUUUGGGCCACCACUUUCCUGGAGCUUUGGAAACGAAAACAAUCGGUGAUUGUCUGGGAGUGGGACCUGCACAACGUGGAUAUGGACGAGGAGAACCGUCCGGAGUUUGAAACGAAUGCCACCACAUUCCGCAUGAAUCCUGUCACGAGAGAAAAGGAGCCCUAUAUGUCCUCCUGGAAUCGAGCUAUCCGGUUUGUUAUAACAGGCAGUGCAGUUUUGUUUAUGAUCUCCGUAGUACUCUCCGCCGUGCUGGGCACCAUAUUAUAUCGCAUAUCCUUGGUGUCUGUCAUCUAUGGCGGUGGAGGCUUCUUUGUAAAGGAACAUGCCAAACUUUUCACCAGUGUCACCGCUGCUCUCAUUAAUUUGGUGGUCAUCAUGAUACUGACGCGAAUAUACCACCGCAUGGCAAUUAAACUGACAAACCUGGAAAAUCCUCGCACCCACACGGAAUACGAAGACUCCUACACCUUUAAGAUAUUCUUCUUUGAAUUUAUGAACUUUUAUUCGUCGCUCAUCUAUAUAGCAUUCUUUAAGGGAAGAUUCUUCGACUAUCCGGGCGAUGAUCAAGCCCGUAGAAGCGAAUUCUUUCGGCUAAAGAACGACAUUUGCGAUCCAGCGGGAUGUCUUUCGGAACUUUGCAUCCAGUUGGCCAUUAUUAUGGUGGGGAAACAGUGCUGGAACAACUUUAUGGAGUAUCUGUUUCCCAAGUUUUGGAAUUGGUGGCGACAACGGAAACACAAACAAGCAACAAAAGAUGAAUCGCAUUUGCACAUGGCCUGGGAGCAGGACUAUCAUAUGCAGGAUCCUGGACGACUGGCCUUAUUUGAUGAGUAUUUGGAGAUGAUUCUCCAAUAUGGCUUUGUUACCUUGUUUGUGGCGGCAUUUCCUUUGGCGCCACUCUUUGCUCUCCUCAACAAUGUGGCCGAGAUCCGGCUGGAUGCCUACAAAAUGGUUACCCAGGCUAGACGUCCCCUAGCCGAGAGGGUUGAGGAUAUUGGAGCUUGGUACGGCAUCCUGCGGAUCAUCACCUACACAGCCGUCGUCUCAAAUGCCUUUGUGAUUGCCUACACCAGUGACUUUAUACCCCGCAUGGUGUACAAGUUUGUGUACUCGGAAACCCACACCCUAGCUGGCUACAUCGAGCACUCGCUGUCUAUAUUCAAUACAUCCGAUUACAAAGAGGAAUGGGGCGCUACGGUAAGCGAGAAGGAUCCAGACACCUGCCAGUAUCGGGGCUAUCGAAACGGUCCCAAAGACUAUGAACCCUACGGAUUAAGUCCUCACUAUUGGCAUGUUUUUGCAGCUCGCUUGGCUUUCGUUGUGGUUUUCGAGCAUGUGGUUUUUGUAAUUACUGGCAUCAUGCAGUUUAUUAUUCCGGAUGUGCCAUCGGAGGUGAAAACGCAAAUGCAGCGGGAGCAGCUUCUGGCCAAGGAGGCCAAGUACCACCACGGAAUCAAGCGAGCCCAAGGCGAUAAUCAGGACAUUAUGAGCCUAUUCCGGGAUGCCAGCAAUCGAACAUCGAUCGCCGGUAGCCAGGGGAAUGCCCGCGGCAGCUGGGCCCGACGUUUCAGUCGACUGAGCGACGGACUGGACGCACAUGUGGAGGUUGCCGCCAGACCACGGCGUUCGGUGGAGUCAACCGUGUGGGAGGUUUCCUGACACGAGGAGGAAGCCGAGAGCGAGCCCCAUGCCCAAAACAAGAGAUGAGACGAGCACAGCA